ACAGAGGCCUCCACUGUGACCCCUCAACAUGUCCCCUGCGCACCCAACAUGUGCCCCCGAUGCGGCCUGGAGCUCCCCAAUGACAUUCCCGGAGGUCCCUGUCUGUCUGCGCAGAGUAGCAAACAACAUGCUGCUACAAACUCUGACCGGUGUGCUCACCUGCUGCUGGCCUGCCUGUCCUGCCAGUGCUCCGCUCUGCUGCCGGAUUCCUGCUCGCUCGCCCUCUGCUCGCCUUGCUGCCGCACCUGCGCUCGCUGCUGCGCCGUCGUUCGCGGGGCGCCCGUGGAGGAACUCAACUGCAGCGCCCACUGCCACGCCGUCCUCGUCCAGUCCUGCUGCGAGCCGACACAGUGUCUUGAGUUUUGUCUGGAGUGCUGCCAGAUAUGUCACCGGAAUUAGAUGAUGUACUGUUUGUCGGCCAUUUUUAAAGAAGUACCAGAGAGAUGUAGCUUUAAUGCUAAUGGAGUGUGUCUCUUUUUACAUAUACACUUGUCCAACAUCAUGUACAUACAACAAUUGGGAACAUUCGCAUAGCUAUGUUAGCUACAUGCCCACAUUACAUUUUAACAUCAACGUCAUGCUAGGUUAGCUUUUUUGAUGAUUAAAAAUGAUGAUCCAACUUACAGUUCCCACAUCUGUAGUUGACAGAUGGUUCGUUGGCAGAGCUCUGUGACUUCAUUUAAGGACGUGCAGUGAAGCCUUUUUUUUUUUU